AUGUCCAGCUCUUUUGCAACCCCAUGGACUAUAGCCCACCAGGCUCCUCUGUCCAUGGAAUUUUCCAGGCAAGAAUACUGGAGUGGCUUGCCAUUUCCUUCUCCAGGAGAUCUUCCCGACCCAGGGAUUGAACCCAUGUCUCCUGUGUUGGCAUGUGGAUUCUUUACCACUGAGCCACCAGCAAAGCCCAAGGGAGUAUCAUUAGCCUUACUUUACAGAGAAACUGAAGCUGUCAGUUUUCCCUACCUACUAAGUGAUGGAACUGGGAUCUGUCCAAGGAGUAUCAAACACUGCACCUUCUUUUCUUUCAUCUCCACCAUAAGACCUUGGAUUUGA